CUAGGACACAUCAAGCAAAAUUUUCUACAUUGAAGAAGUCCUACAAGAAAGAAAAGAAAGUUGGUAUGAAGGCAACUUGGAGUGAUAGUGAUAGUGACUCGGACCCUGAAGAGACUAAAGAAACGGCAAAUCUUUGCUUCAUGGCUAUGCAAGAAAGUGAUGAGGUAAAAUCUAAACCUAAAGAAGAAAUUGAGCUUACUAUAAAUGAAAUGUAUGAUGCCAUACUAGAAUUGCACAAUGACUUGCUUGACAUCACCAAAAGACACAAGGAGCUCAAGAAGAAACUUGUCAUUCUUUCAAAAGAAAAUAACAUUUUGAAAAUUGAGAAUGAAAAACUCAUGGCUCAAAAUGUCAAUUUGAAGAAGGAGUCACAAGAGUCUUCCUUAGUUGAUAUACUCAAAAAGGAAAAUAAUGACUUGAGAAGGAUGAAUUGUGACUUACACAAGAAUUUUCUAAUUUCACUCAAGUUAGUGAGAAAUCAUAAAAACUCUUGUCAAGCUAAAGAUGUGUGUUUCAUAAAGCGGACUUGA